UAAAAGACUCCGCCCCGGACGACCCCCUGCCUCGGCGGUCGAGAAUUCAAUCCCACCCCCUGAGAUAAAAUCCUCCUCUGCGUCAUAUCCCCCGCCGUUCUCUCCUCCCUCCCCCCUCUCCCCCUCGAUCCAUCCCCACCUGCAUCCCCCCCCCCUCGAUCCAGUCUCCACCAUGAAACAUACAGGAACUACGGAAAUCCCGGACUUCGCCGGGGACUCCUCCUCCUCGCUUUUGGUCCAGAGCAGCCUGUCGGACUUCUCGUCAGUCGGCAGCUCGGCCGUCCAUUCGCAGCUGGAGUCUGCCCUUGAGGGAUCGCUCAGCUCCGAGUCAAUUGCCAAGUUCCUCGACCGCUUCGUCCAGUUCCCCAACCUUCCGCGAGUCGCCGGCGUCCAGGUGCUGAAGGCCCUCGCCACCGGGCAGUCCUCCUCCGAGCCGCCGGCCAGCUCCGCCGCCAGUGGCAGCCGUUCGGCAUACUUCGCCCGCGGUGCGGCCGAUCAGCGUCGCUUCGACCAGGCCCUUGCCCAGCUCAUCGACACGCCCCAGGCCGAGCGGGCCGAGCCCUUCCAGGCGGUCAUCUUCAACCUGCCCCCGGGAGGACCGGACUUCCAUGGGGAAACCCUGUACCUGGUGGACAACUCGGCGGAUCUCUUCGAGUGCGCCGGGAUGACCAGCUCCGCCGCCCUGGCAGCCCAGCUGGCCGCCAAAUCCGCUUCCUUCGACCGUGGCACCGGGCUCGUCGGCUUCACCGGGCCGUCCAUCUGCCUGGCUAGCCCCGGGGCGCGGACCGUGGUCCUGAACUUCCCCCGCGGGGAGACCGGCAGCGCUCUGAGCACCGUGCUGCGACUGCUUCGUCGCGGGGCCGGCUCCCAGUCCUCCACGGCCCCCUUGUCCUUUGUCACGAUCAACUACUGCCCGGAGUCCGAGCUUUUGCAGGUGGUGGCAUUGGUCCUGGCCCCGGAGGAGGAGCCCCACACCGCCGAGUGCCUGGCACAGCGCCUCUUCGCCGAUCUCCUCGAGGCGUACUCGCUCCCGGGCCAGGGCCCGGUGGCCGAGGCGGUGGCCGAGGGCCUCCUCUCCGUGCGUGCCGGCCUGCUGGCCCAUUCGGUGUCCCUCUUCAGCGAGUACUUCGCCCCGGCCGGACAGGCGCUUGAUGCCCCGGCCCAGGCGCUCGAUCUGUCGGUCGCCACCCUCGGCCAGGAGGCCCAGAUGCUGGAGCAGGCGGCCCAGCAGCUGGCCGGUCGCCUGCACGGCACCGAGCAUGGCUCCAAGCACGGCACCAGCGCCCCCCCGCCCCGGAGCCACGGGUCUCACACGUAUGCCUCGGGCCGUGGGUCGUUCGCCGAGCCGCCGACUCUUGUGGUCCCGGUGUCGGGCGCCAGCCCGGGCGGCAGCCCCGGCCAGCCGGUGUCACUGCGGGUACUCGCCGGCGCCGCGCUCCCGGCCGGGUCCGCUGCCCGGGCCACUGGUGCUUCCACCUCGGGGUCGGCCCUGUCCCGGGCAACCGAACACUUCUGCGCCAGCGUGGUGACCAGCAACUUCGCCGCGUCGCACGGUCCAUCGGCCCUCUUCUGGCACCUGGACGCCGAGCGCCUGCUGCCGGCUGGCGCUGACUCCGGCCCGGCCCUCCCCCGGCCGGAGAUUCUGGUCAUGGUGGCCGGCGCCGGAUUGCGUGGCUUCCAUGUGCGCAUGCGGACCGUCUCGCGCGGUGGGCUGCGCUUCAUUCGGCCAUCGGCCACGGCCGUCCGCAGCCUCCUGCGCGAGGUCCACCAGCUGGCCUCCACGCAGGAGCUCAAGAACAAGGACAUCCCGGAGGGCGGCGCCAAGGGGGGCUUCACCGUGGACGGCUUCCCGGCCGAGGGGGGGACCGUGCCUCCGCUGCAGGCGCGUGGCGCCUUCCGCCGGUACUUCGAUGCCCUGCUGGAUCAGACCCUGCUGCCGAACCCCGCCGGCGAGGAGAUCCUCCUCUUUGCCGGGCCCGAUGAGGGCACCGCCGGGUUUAUGGCCUGGGCGCCGGAGCAUGGGCGUCGCCGGGGCACCGGCGCCUGGCGCGGCCUGGCCACCGGCAAGCCCCCGGCCAUGGGCGGUGUCCCGCACGAUGCCCACGGCAUGACCACAUCCUCGGUCCGGCAGUACUCGCUCGGGAUUUGCCGGCGUCUGGGUCUGGCCACGCGCGAUGUGCCCACCAGCCAGACCGGCGGGCCGGAUGGCGAUCUCGGCUCGAAUGAGAUCCGCCAGGCCGUGGCGGCCGGGCAUCCAAUUCGCGCGGUGGUCGACGCCACCGGUGUCCUCUUCGACCCGGCUGGCCUGCAGCAUGAGGAGCUCCUGCGCCUGGCCCGGCUUCGCGCUCCGCUGGCUGCCUUCCGGCCGGACCUCCUGGGGCCCGAUGGGUUCCAGGUCCUGGCCACCGGUUCCCCCGGCAGCCCGAUUACCCUGCCGGAUGGGCGGACUGUGGACAACCCGCAGCGCUUCCGCGACCAGUUCCACCUGGAUCCGGCCCUGACAUCCGACCUGUUUGUUCCGUGUGGCGGCCGUCCGGCCGCUGUCAACCGCGACAAUGUUCACCGGAUGUUUGCUGGCCCGGCGGCCGAGGCGGCAGCCGCCCUGGCCAAGGGCCAGCAGCCGCCGCCGCCGCCAGCCGCCGGUGCUGAUCUCGGCCAGCCGCGCUUCAAGUACAUCGUCGAGGGGGCCAACCUCUUCAUGACCCAGGAGGCCCGCCUCUUCCUCGAGGACAAGGGCAUCAUCGUCUUCAAGGACUCCUCCGCCAACAAGGGCGGUGUGACAUCCUCCUCGCUGGAGGUGCUCUCCGGGCUGGCCCUCAAUGACGAGGAGUUUGUGCGCCUCAUGUGCUCGCCCGCCAGCAGCGGGCCCAAGGUGCGGCCGCUGGACCUGGCGCAGAUCGGCCCGGACACCGACGACCCGGAGGACCGUCUGCAUGGGUUCCCGGCCGGAGCGCCGGCCUUCUACCGUGCGUAUGUGGCCGACAUCCUGGCCAUCGUGCGGUACAAUGCGCGCAGCGAAUUCGACCGCCUCUGGGACGAGCACCAGCGCACCGGCGAGGCCAUUUCCAUCCUCUCCGAUCGCCUGUCGCGGGCCAUCCUCACCCUGAAUGCUCGCCUGGCCGAGGGGGCCGAGGCGGAUGCCGCCGUUGCCGAGGCCCUGGCCCGCGCGGCCGGCAAGAAGCCCACCCCUGCCGCCACCUCCGGCGAGAGUCGCAUCUGGGCCGAUGAGGCCCUCCGUGGCGCGGCCCUCCGCUGGUCCUGCCCGCCGAGCCUCCUUCGCCAGGUUGGCGGUGUGCAGGCCCUGCUGGAGCGCGUCCCCGAGACUUACCUCCGGGCCAUGGUCCACUCGCGCCUGGCCUCCGGGUUCAUCUACGAGGUGGGUCUUGGCGAGGAGGCCGCCGCUCCGGGGGCCUUCGCCGCCUUCGCCAAGAGCGUGAUCGAUCGCCUGCCCAACGACAAUGCGCCGUCCUUCGUGGCGGAGCCCUCGGCCCCGGCGCACCUGUGACGCGCCCGGGCACGCGAGUCCCGCUCCCUUUGGUGGCGCUCGCAUCUCCUGCGCCCCCCUCCCCUCCACCUGUGUGUCGACCGGUGAUCCGACGGCCGCCUGUGUGUGUGUGUGUGCAUUGCCUGCGUACCGUAGUAGUGUGGUAGUAGCCCCACAUGAGAACAUAUGGCCCCGGCUGCGGCGGGGGGC